AAGGAAAAUAUGGAGAAAAAAGUCCUAACAGAAAGAGGCUUACUCAUGGCCUAUGAGACAGAGGAUCAUGAGACUCAAUACUGCUUUCCUGCAAUUAACUCAUCAUGUAUCAAGGGAAAACGUUCCACACAUGAAUACAAUAUCAUGUAUGUGUUUUUUUCAUUGCUGUCAGCAUGGACUGUGUUUCUGAACCUGUUGGUGAUCAUCUCCAUCUCUCACUUCAAGAAGCUCCACACUCCAACCAACCUGCUCAUUCUCUCUCUGGCUGUGGCCGACCUGCUUAUUGGACUUAUUGUCAUGCCCAUUGAGGCUACAAAACUGAUUGAGACCUGUUGGUACUUUGGAGACACUUUCUGCAGACUGUUUUUCAUCAUUUUUGGUCUGUGUUUCGUAGCAUCUCUCAGUAAUUUAGUUUUAAUUGCUGUUGAUCGUUAUGUGGCUGUGUGUCACCCUUUACUGUACCCACAGAAAAUAACCAUGACUAGAACCUUAAUUAUUGUAUACAUUUGCUGGUUUUGCUCUUUUGCUUAUAUCAUUGCAAUAGUUAUCAGUAUGUCAAACAGAAAAUAUUCAUGUUAUGGAGCAUGUACACUUAUGAUUAGUUUUGCCUGGAAAAUCACUGAUUUGUUCAUGUCGUUCUUAUUUCCCUGUACCGUCAUCAUAACUUUAUAUUUGAGGAUAUUUUAUGUUGCACAACAGCAAGUGAAAGUUAUAAACUCUCUGUCUAAAAGUGGAAAAUGUGUAACUGAAGGUUCUGUGAGGAGGAAAUCUGAGAGCAAGGCUGCUCUAACAUUAGGAAUCAUUGUGACAGUUUAUAUUUUUUGCUGGAUUCCAUACUUUAUUUUGACUUUAAUAGACAACACAGAAAUGGCUUCAACUACAGCCUAUAUUCUAUUGUGGAUUACUUAUAUUAAUUCAGGUCUGAAUCCUCUUAUCUAUGCUUUAUUUUACCCCUGGUUUAAAAUAUCAGUUAAACAUAUUCUAACCCUUAAAGUCCUGAAGCCUUCUUCACUGCACUUGAACCUCUCUCCUUAA